CCACCUAGUGACCAUGUACACGACUAUCAUUAUAAAGCUAUAUGGCUUUUGCUUGGUCCUAAACGACGCCAAAACCUCUGGUUAUCAUUGCAGCAGCUAAUUCUUCUUCAUCAUCUACAGAAAUGCUGGGAAGUUCUUUGCCUUCUACCUUAUUCACCUUUGAUUCCGCCUGAUCUUGAAUCAAACUCAUCAAAUUCCAUAUCAUUCAAUGCAAAACGACUUUUUCCCGCUAAAAAUAUUGCAUUUACAAAAUGGAGAACGCAUUCGGCUGCAAGAACUCCAGAGACGGUUUUAACCGAGGAAGAUAUGAAGAAAUGGGAAGCUUGCAGACAAGUUUUUUCGAGAUUUGAAUUUACUAAAGAGGAAGAAGACAAAAUACUAGGAAAAGCAUUCGGCUUAGUCCACUCCCCUUACUGGGGCGAAGAACGCGAAGUAGCCGUACCAGAACAGGAAAAUGUUAACGCGAUAUUCGAUUAUUUGACGGGUUUAGGCCUUUCGGACGAAGAUCUCAUCAAAAUUCUCAAGAAAUUCCCAGAGGUUGUCGGUUGUAGCCUUGAAAACGAGUUGAAGACGAAUAUUCAAAUUCUUGAAAAACAAUGGAGUAUAAAAGGAAAAUCGUUAAAAAAUCUUCUACUCCGAAAUCCUAAAGUAUUGGGUUAUAUUAUCGACUGCAAGGGAGAUUGCAAGGCGCUCUGUACUCGUUGCUGGGUUCGGUUUUAACAGUUUUUUAAAAAUACUCUCUAGUCUCAAAUUAAUUAAACAACUUGUAUUGUGUUAGCUUCUUAAUCAUAUUCUAAACAUCAAUUAUUUGUAAAAGUUGAAGAAAAGAAAAAAUAAACAUGAUCUUUGAAGGCUGCUUACUGAAGGCUACUUUGGUUGAA